ACCACUUUAACCAGUAGAUGGCAGCCCAGAACCUUCGAGCUGUCCAGUCUUGGUCGAUACAAAGAAAAAGAAGAAGAACAUUCGGGAAACAUGGCGGCGUCCUUGAAUGGUGCGACUGGCGUUAGGCUACUGGGAUCCUGGGUCAGAUUGGGAUCACAGGGCUUUUUCCCUGGAAGUAAAGGCCUCCACACCACUGCAGUUUGCUGCAAGAAUUUUGCCGCUCGCAUCCGGGUGGGAAAAGGAGAAAAAGCCGUGACAUACGAGCAGUCGUUUCACCCUCAUCACAUUGGCCAUCGUAAAGGAUGGUUGUCACAGCAUCCCGGUAACCUUCAUGGGGAAGAUGGAGCAGCUGAACGAACACUGGAGGACGUCUUCAUCAGGAAGUUCAUCUUCGGGACCUUUCAAGAAUGCCUGGUCGAUGAGAUUGUGAUUAAAAGGAGGGGAAACCUGUUGGUUGUGUGUGCGCUGAUGAUCAAUGUUAUUUCACCCAUCAAGUUUUACUUUUUAAUUGGCUAUUCAGAGACGCUGCUGUCACACUUCUACAAAUGUCCUGUGAAGAUUGAGAUUCAAACCCUGCCGAAGAAAGUGGUUUACAAACGCAUCUGAUGGCGGUGAAUCCAAAUGGAGUCAUGUGUUAACUUUUUGAUUUGUGAUUAGAUUUGUUUAUAUAAACAGUUGGUAUUUAAUAAAUCAUUUAAGUGUCACUAAACAGGAAUAGC